AUGAUCUUCUCAACUCUUUUUGUGACACUGGUGUCACUAGCGACAUGGACGGAGCCAGUAUCCGCCAGCUUAAGAAUCACGGCUGACCAUCAUUCCUUUGGUGGCGUCAAUUACCCCCAGCUGCAAUUUUUUGCACCAGAACACAGAGACAAUACUAUCAGAGAAAUCAUCAAGAGCGGUGCAAGAGUUAUACGGCUGUUCAUACGCCCAGAUGAUCUCCAUCCAGAUCCUGAGCCAGAGCUGGGCUCUUUUGACAAGUCCUUGCUUGACCAAUUCGACGAUACGUUGGCGGCUAUUCACCAUCUUUCUAAGGGCCAGAUGAAAGUUAUUAUUGCCCCGCACGACGCGCAUGCGCUUCGGGGAUCUAACGAUGUUCCCUGUGACGCUUACUGCAAGGAUCUCGGAGGAUACUUCCUUGACUUCUACAGUUCAGAUAAAUAUCGAGAACUAUAUAAAACACGUCUCGAAGUUUUCUUCAAACACUAUCCCUCCAAAAACUUUGACGGACGUUCAUGGGGCAGCCUCUCUGAAGUCAUUCUUGGCGUCGACAUCCAAAAUCAGCCUUUUAGCGGCAUAUUCCCCAUUCCCGCUGGCGAGUCCUGGAUCUGCGACAUGGCUUCUCAUCUAAAAUUUACACUCGGCCUUGAUGCAUCCUCCAUUGCCGUCAUCAGCGGCGGCGUGUCAGGCGCUCAGAAACCAGAUGAGUGGCAAAACUUCCCCGACAGCGUGUUUGACUGCAAAGCCAUCGACAUUAUUGGCAUCCACGGAUAUUUCUCCAAGCAACACGAUGCCACGGCAGGAACGCCAUGGGCAAAUAUGUUUGUGCCUGGAAACACGCUGACGGGUCGCGCCAAAGGGAAAAAGAAGGGCGACGGUAAAUUGUUGUUGGUUGAGGAAUGGAGUUAUGUGCACAAUGAUGAUUUUGGGCUGUUUUACAAGCAAGAAGCCCUGUUUGAUCAGGGCAAUGCUUUGAACUAUAGGGGAAUACCAUGGCUAUACUCCCACCUCACGACCGUCGAAGAGGGAAAGACCGCUCGGAUCAACCCUCUUCAGCCCAGCUACACCAGCUGGACCGCUCUCAAACAGGUGUUGAAAGCUGCUCAAACCGCACGCUCAAACUUCAACUGGUCCACGUACCUCCCCGCUCCCUUCUCCAUCAAGCCCCUGACCGAAGACGAAAAAACCGCCCAAAAGCUGCGCUCAAUGCUCACAAACUCUAACACACAAGAAUUCGCCAUCCAACCCCUCGGUCUCUCAAACAUCACCUCAAUCCCCCUCAACCCCUUCGUCCUCGACCAAUCCGACUGCACCUUCGGCUGCGAAGGCCAUCUCUGCUCCGCCCAAGACAGCUGCCUCCCGCAUCUCUUCUGCAAAAACAGCAUCUGCACCAGCGACUCCGCGCAACCCGGCAAAAUCGGCGACAUGUGCACCUCCAAAACACCCUGCCAACCCCAUCUCUCCUGCUCAGCCGGAAAAUGCCAGCCCUGCACCGCCCGCACAACCAUCCAGCCCCCAACUCAAAAGCGCAAGAGAAGCAUCCCAAACGAACCCUCACCCCUCCCCACACGUCGAGAAUACGAGGAUCAACUCCUCGGCGGUCCUAUACGCCCCAACUCUCUAACAGGGCAAUGCCACACCGACUCCCUCCCCCACCUCUUCUCCACCCUCCCCCCGCGCAUCGCCCUCUCCUCUUCAAACCCCCCUCCCCCCAUCUGUCUCCCACCAACCCACCACCCCGCCCCCUGCACUUCCCCCUCUCACUGCUCCGCCGACGAAUACUGCUCCUGGGGCUCCUGCGUCGCCUGCACCUCGGCCGACGCGUGCCUGGGCUCUUCGUGCCGCAGCAACAACAAGUGCAAGACUGGGUACUGCAACGAUCAUGGACGCUGCGAUUAUCCCUCGGCGAGGAUUAAGAAGAGUUUUGGUCCCGGGGGAGCCAAGAUGGGCAAGGUGAAGAGAGUGCCUGGGGUGCCGAGGGGGCACGAGAGUGGGCCUGCGAGAGUGAGGGAUGAGGCGAUGCGGAUUGUGAUUCCGGAAGAGGAGGUGAUGAAUACGGCUGCUGCGGCGGCGGCGAUGGGGAAGGUGUAG